CCACUCUCCUACCAGAUCACUUGCUCCUCCAGAAGAUCUCACAGGAGCAGGUCCCAUCACAUCCUUGGGUGCAGACAGGGUGGCAUUGCUGGAGCGAAUCCACCUGGCCAGAGUCAUCAUUGAAAGCUUGAAAAUCCCUCCUGAGAGCAUCCAGGUCUCACCAAGAAAGAAAGGUGUCACGGGGAAGCCCCCAAGGCCUGCAGCAGUUAACAAGUGUACCUUCUUUGUCGAGUUCCACUUUCCAGUGGGAGCCUCCAGGGAUGAAAAAGGACAGAUCUCCAUAACAACAGAAGUAAUUCGAAUAGCUUCAAGUAAAGUCACACAUGAUGUGGUGACAUUCCAGCAGCGGUGUGUGUUCCCUGUCCGCUUUGGUGGAGCGAUGAUAGAGCACUGGUGGAGCUCUGCCCUUGCUUUUAAAAUCUACAUGAGAAAAAGCACACAGAAAAAGCCAGUGGCCAUUGGCUCAGCAGCACUUCAGUUACACCAGGUUGUUCAGUCAGAGCUGCUCUCUGUCAGUUGUGAAAUACCUGUGAACAAAGAAGGAGAUCAGACCCCAGCUGGAGCACUAAAGGUGUCCUUAGAGCUCGCAGCAAACAACAAAGACUUCACCCACACCACUGCCCGGUCACCUAUGGCUGUGCAACGAGCCCCAGUGCAUGCGGUGAGAAGUCCUGGGCUGGAUUUCCAGGAGCCCACCAGGAGCAGUGUAAGUCCAGGAAGCUUCCACUGCUUGAAACUUAACCACGUUGACUCACAGAAGCCAGGAGCAGCCUCCGUGGACAUGGUGCAGCCACCACAGCUGCUGACACAAUUAGCCGCGGCUGAAGAAGAUGGGUUAUUGCUGCAUGUGCUGUUGAUGGUGCCUGAGGGAAAGGAUUUUGGUUCUGAAGACUGUGGGCUCCCCAGUUCUUGUAAUGUGUAUUUAAACUGCAAGCUGCUCAGCACUGAGGAGGCAACAAGAUCUGCUGUUGUCUGGGGCACAACUCAACCUGCCUUCAAUUUUUCUCAGGUGAUGCCUUUUUCCUUGACUUCCAAACACUUGGAGCGGUUGAAGAACAACGUCAUGAUUAUUGAAGCAUGGAAUAAGAUGGGAAGCCCUGGCUGUGACAGACUGCUGGGAUUAGUGAAGCUGCCUCUGCAUCAGUUCUACAUCUCUUUCAAAGAUCCAAAGAUUUCCCACCUACUCCUUCAAGCUCAGUAUCCCGUGGUGGCUGUGGACAGCUACAUGCCAGUGGUGGAUGUUUUUACUGGCAGCAGAAGUGGAAGCCUGAGGGUCAUUCUGGCAAUGGGAUCAGCUGAUCAAAUAGUGGCCCUGCAAAGGUUAAAAACUGAAGAAGGGAUGGUACCUCCCAUCACACAGAGACCUUCCCACUCUCUGGAUCCUCCUCCUACAAGGCCUGUAAUGCACUUAGGCCAAGAAGGGGAAGAUCUGCUGGAGCAUGUGUUUGAGAUCCAUGUGGAGAGUGUGAAAGGACUCACACCAUUACAGUCCACUGUCUGGGGUGAGGCUGACUGCUACGUACAGUACUACUUCCCAGUUCAAGAGGCUGGUUUGCAAAUAGCUGAAUUGCUUGAGGAUGGCAUCAAACUGAAGCCAUUCCGCACAGCGACCACUCUGUGUGUCCCUGAUCCUGUCUUUAAUGAUGAGCAUCAUCAUUCUUUGUUGGUUCCGGCUGAUAUCCCAGUCCAGAGGCUCCUGGUCAGUGCAUUUACGGCACCAGGAGUGGCUGGAGGAGGAAUCCAGUUUGAAGUCUGGUGCAGGUAUUAUUACCCAAAUGUCAGAGACCAGGUGGUUGCCAAAGGGACCUUGCCUUUGUCACGGCUCUGUGCCAUGGUCACUAUGCAGCACCGUGAAGAAAUAGGGAUACAGACUUUUAAUCUUCCAUUGGUCCCUCGGACUGAUUCCUCAGAGGAAUUUCAUCUGAGGUCUUCAGGCUUGCUGGAUGUGAGUGUGCGAUACCAACGAUCCAUGAGGACAGCAGCAGGAGGAGCUGCUCGAGCUGUUUCUCUUGCUGUACAGAUACACAGAGCAGCUGGUUUGCAAGCAGCAGCGAGAGCUGUGGCACAAAAGAACCCUUCCUUCCAGUACUACGCAGGUGUGGGAGUCAAUGCUUAUGUCUCUGUGCACCUCUCCUUCCUCCCUGAGGCAGAGAGACGCCACACACGAGCUGUGGCUUGUACCUUCUGCCCUGAGUUUGAGCAUCACUUGGAGUUUCCCUGUAACCUCAUCAUUCAGAAGAGCAGUGGAGAAGCCUCUUCUCUGGGGGAACUCUUGCAGUCUGCUGAUGUCAUCUUCUCUAUCUACCAUCAGAGCACCAAGUCAGGCACUGACAGAUUGGCACCACGGACAUCAAGAGAUUGUCUUCUUGGGACAGUCACAAUUCCAACCAGAGACCUGCUGAGAAGAAGAUCAGGUAUUUCAGGCUGGUACCCAGUUACCCUGUCUGAAGAUGUCAUGCCUCCUCACUGCACAAACAUCAUGCAGGCCAUCGUGGGAGGACUGGAACUCUCUGUCACCUUUGCUCAUCAGGAUGACAGGGAGCGUGUUUUGGAAGCUGCUAAGCUCUUGGGGUGGAACAGUGAAGAGAUCCAUGAGGAGAGCAUGGAUGACAGUGAUGAGUGGCAGCAGAGUGCCCAGCCAGUGACUGUGACCAUCUCAACCCCAAGAGUAUGGCUGGCCCUCCAUUGAGGCCAGACACACCUAAACAAAAGCACUUAUUGCUACCUCAGGUAUAAACUAUAUAACCAGGAAGCCACUUGGACUGUGCUUAAGAGGCCAAACUUGAGUGAUGACACCAAGAAUGUUACAAUAAACUUCAGGAAACCAAACAAGGUGAUGCUCAGGAGGAGCCAUGGGCUGCUUUGGUUCUUCAGAGAGGAGAAAUUAGAAAUCCAGGUGUGGUGGGCCUAUGGGAAAGAAAAUGAUGUGGAAAGACCACUUGAUACAGAUCGUCUCAUUGGAUCUGCCUAUGUUGACCUUGCAGCAUUAGCAGAGAGGUCAAGGAAAACAAUAAGUGUCAGUGGGGUUUAUCCACUGUUCAGGUGCAACGCUGCAAACCUAGCAGGAGCUGCUCUUCGUGUUCACAUCGUCCUUUCUACCACUUCUGCUCUGCCCAGCAGACUUCACUGUGCUGAGGAAUACAGCAGCAGUGAAGAUGAAGGCACAGAGAAAGCCCCUGCUCUGAGCCAACAGGUCUCUGAAAAUCACAGUCAGAAACUGGAUGUUGUAAGUUCAGAAACCACUGAUGACAAACCACAAGAAGACAGCGUGGGGCUGAUGGAAAAUACAGUUGCUGUCAACAUCCUUGUGGAAAGAGCAAUGCAUCUGAGUUUAAAAGGGAGUCCUUUGACAGAACGUGAAGUAACAGCCCCCAGUAGCUGUGUGUCAUUUGCUGUUGCUGGUGCAGAUGCUCCAGUAACCACGUCAGUAAUAGAAAAUACAGACUCACCAGUGUGGGACUUUCAGCAAGAAGCAAGGUUAUCCAAAGAGCUUCUGCUGGAUCCACAGCAAACCUUGGUCUUCAAAGUGUGGCAUAAAGCAGAGACUGAACGAGUGAUAGGGUUUGCAUCAGUGGACCUGUCUCCUCUCCUUUCUGGCUUCCAGCUCGUGUGCGGGUGGUACAAUAUCACAGACUUCAGUGGACAGUGCCGAGGGCAGAUCAAAGUAGCAGUUUCCCCUCUUCAAAACCUAGCUCAUCUCAAAGAGGAGAGGCAGGCAAGGAUCUGGAGCCAGCCACCGAGUUCUGCAGUGAAGGCCAGCAUUCCAACGUUUCCCAGUAAUGCUGCAAGCUUUUCCAAGCAGAUCAAUACCUUGUCAAAGGAAGCCAGUGCUCCGACUCAAGAGCGGCCUGGUCCCCACAGAACUACUGCCCCUGGGACACACAGAGCCCGGCACGAGGAGCACAUGCAGAACGUGCGCAGGUUCCACGAAUCCCUGCAGCAAGCGGAGGGGAACGCGCAUCGGGCGGCGAAGAUGGACUCAUUGUCACUGUCAUCACGUGCUGCUCUUCUCACUGCUCUCAGGAAAAACUUGAGUGAGCUGGAUGAAGUGCAAAGAUACUUCAAUCAGAAGCUGAGCAGGUCUUUUCCUGACUUCAGUUAUGGGAACACAUCCAAACCAAGUCAUGAAAAGCAGGAGAGUGAUCAUCAGGGUUCAGUGAGCAGAGAAGUGGAUCCCAGUGGAUGCCAUCUUUUGGAAAGAUCUAGUCAGUUGGUGUCUCAGGUCAGCAGCCUCAUCAGUGACUUACAGACUAUCACUAAAACCAGUAAAGAAUCUUCUCAUGUGCAUCAAGACAGCAGCAGAAAGCUGGAUGCUACACAUGUACCGAGCCAGAGGGAUGAUGAAGCUGGACCUGAAGUGUGUCAAGGCCAACUUGAGUUGGACUCCUCCAGCAUUUGCAGUGAUACACAACAGCCAUGCUCUUUUGGGAGACCUGUGUUUGAUAGACACAUGUUGCAUGAGCUUCUAGACCAAGCUGUCCCUGAGGGGGAGCAUCCUUUGCCAAGGGGCUGUAUCCAAGAAGAUGAAGGUGCUUUUGCUGUCCAGCCACACAGUGAAGAAGAAUAUGAAGAAGAUGUUAUAGAACCACGAACUCUUAAUGAAAUAACAACCAUGACAGACAAAACUAGUCCCUGGUCCAGUGUGCUGUCUGAUGGGGAGCAGGGGGCUGACCAGCAGCCCACAGACUUGAGGCCUGAAGAUCAGCACUCGGUGGAUACCGAUUGUUUCCGAAGAGGAAGCAGCAGACGGAGCAGCACCUUCUCCAGCAUACUCCAAGGUGACAACCAAAGCAUGCUCACCACCUUUAGCUCGUGCAUUAGCCUCCACGCAGAUGGGAGCAGUCCUUGGGCACUAGCAGAAGGCUUUCAAAGCUUGAAUAGAGGCACGGAAGCAAGCAAGAAGGAGCUGUUUCAGCCUGCUCAGUUACCAGAGGUGCAUCAGCCAGCCAAUGGCCCUGAAGAAGGUGGAAACUCUCAUAGGGAUAGAGCAAUUAAUGCUAAAUCUUUAGAGCAAAAUGUAGAGUUUCAAGCAGCCUCCAAGGAACAACUUGCAUUUCCAGAUGUUGGGUUCACCAACCCAAAAACCACAGAAAGAGAGAAAAAGGAGGAAGAGGGUGAGGUUGUAAAUGAAGAUCAUCAAGACAAGGAAGAAAGUGGUUCUGAUGAGAUCUGUAUUAAGAGUGUAUCAGCCCAAGCAGGCUCGGAAGGAAACGGUGAAAGCUUUUCUGAUGCCAGUAGUGAAGACCCACUGGAAGAGUCAGAAAAGACUGUCAAACCCAAGCUUGUUUUAUCUGAUCCUGUUGUUGUUCCCAAUUUCUUCCUUCCACCCCAGCAGAUGGAAGCCACCAUGAGACUGCUCAGCAUUUCUUCUCAUCCUUCCAUAGCUCCAGAAGGCGCAGCGGUGGCGCGGAGCAUCCCGCACCGACGGCCCCGGCCCCCGGCUGAGAUCUCGGAACAGGAGACCCAGAGAAUCGCCAGGAUCUUCUCUGCUCGGCUUUCCAAGAAGGAAUGA